AUGAGUCUCCUUCUGCUGUUCUGCUUGGCCAUGCUGGGCACCAGCGGCUUCUCCGCGCAGCAGGAGGUAGAAGUCACCCCUGAGACCUUCAUUGCCUACAAAGUCCUGGAGGUUUUCCCCAGAGGCCGCAGGGUGGUCAUAACGUGCCACUCACCCCAGGCACCCCCGCCCAUCACCUACUCCCUCUGGGGGAGUCAGGGCACCAAGGUUGCCAAGAAGGUGGUGAAGACCAGAGACCUGGCCUCCUUCAGCAUCAACAUCACACUCAAGUCCAGGCCAGACCUGCUCACUUACUCCUGCAAGGCGGUCUCCCCCUGGGGCGAGCAUUCAGCCAGCACCAAGCUGCAGAUGUACUGGGAGCUGUGGACCAAGCCCGUGUCCCAGCUGCAGGCUACCUUCACCUUGCUGGACAGAGGAUCCGGCCCCAGGGUAGAGAUUUCCUGCCGGGUGUCCUCAGGCAGCCCACCCAUCACCUACCGCCUGGUGGGGAAGGACGGGUCCGUCCACAUGCAGCAGAGACCGAGCUAUGGGCAGCCUGCCGACUUCUCCUUCGCCCUUCCCAACACGCCC